AUGCCGUCCCAUGCAACGGAUUUCUCACUCAGUGUAAUCUUUGGAGCACUUUUGUUUGCUGAGUGUCUUGUAGGGAUCGCAAUAAACACCUUUAUUGUGGCUGUUGAGUUCAUGAAAUGGAAGGCGCUGAGGUCUCUGGAUACCUGCAACAAGAUUCUCAUGUCUUUGGGUAUAGCCAGAUGCUGCUUGUUGUACAACACCAUUCUCUAUUAUUCCAUCUACUUAUUUUAUCCUUGGCUGUUAUCAAACAUCAUUACAAGCUCAGUCUUUCUGGUGCAGACCGUUUUCCUGUACAACAUUAACCUUUGGAUCACCGGUGUCUUGAGUGUAUUUUAUUGCGUGAAGAUCACAAGCUACAACCAUAAAGUCUUCAUAUUUAUGAAGACCAGGAUCUCCAGGCUAGUCCCUCUGUUCCUUGUGGCUUCUCUUCUCCUUUCUAUCGCCUUAAGCCUUCCGUUUGGUUGGUAUGCUUUGUUCAUGGACACAGAAAAUUUGUCUAACAGCUCAUCCAGUGCUAUGGACAUCCGUGAAGAUUUUCAGUUCCAGAAUUUGAUGUUCUUCCUGGGUUCCUUUACACCUUUCCUCAUAUUGUGUGGUGCCGUCUAUCUGUUGAUUCGAUCUCUUCGGAGGCACACCAGACACAUGAAAAGGAAUGGGACAAGUUUCCAAAAUCUGAACUUAGAGGCUCACUUCACUGCCGUGAAAAGCAUGGCUCUUCUUUUGUUUUUCCACGUGAUGUAUUACAUAAGUCCCAUGGUUGGAGUUGAUCACAGUGAUAAAUUGUGUUUCUCCAAUCUUACAUUCUGCAUACGUGAUUUCCAGCAACACCAAACUAAAGCAAGCAUUUGUAGAGAACUGUGA